AUGGGCACGGGGCCAAUCGGAUACGCGCUCGUCCUCAUUCCCAAAGCGUUCGGAGCAACACGAGUCAUUGGUUCCGAGCCCUCCGCAACAAGGAGACGCCAGGUGGACGACUUCCGCGUAUUAAGUAGGCGCCAUCGGUCCCAUGGCAGAGUAGACCAUGUAAUUCAACAAGUCACCUACGGGCAGGGAGUCGACGUCGUCUUCGACUGUGCGGGUGCGCCAUCAGCCGUGGAGAGCGGUGUGAACGCGCUGUGCUUCCAAGGCACUUAUGUGAUUAUGACAGCAUUUGAGAAGCCUGUGGUGCUGCCAGCAGCAGCCAUUUUCGGUACAGAGCUCGUAGUGGAGGGGCCGGUUACUUUUGCUGACGGCGGCAUGAAAGAGGCCAUCAAGACGAUGAUCGAAGGCCGCUUGCAGGGAUACGCAAAGAUGAUCACGGGACGCAUCUCGCUGCACGACCUGGUUGACAAAGGCUUCAAUGCGUGA